AUGGCAUCAGAAACACUAACCAAUGCGACCCUACCAAGCCACCAAGAAGUCCAAGACGAGACGACCGAGACAGAGUCAAGAGAGUUCGUGAAGAAUCAGAAACGUUACCAAGACCUAAUCGCAACCUUUCCUCACGCCAAAGGAUGGAGACCCAAAACUCCUCUGAUCGAGUACAAUGGUCACUGGAUCGUACAGCCUCUCCUUGAAGGCUGGCUUCACGCAAGAGACUUCUUCCAAGCAAGACCCAUCGACUUCAUCGUUUGUAGCUACCCAAAGUCAGGUACAACUUGGCUCAAAGCUCUUACUUUCGCCAUUGCAAACCGAUCUCGCUUCGACAAUUCCUCAAACCCUCUCCUCAAACUCAACCCUCACGAGCUUGUUCCUUUCAUUGAGGCUGAAUUCCCUUUAUACCCUCAAGAUGAUGCUGUCGUCGACGACAAAGGGAACACUCUGUUCUCGACUCAUAUCCCUCACGGGUUACUGCCCGAAUCCAUCUGGAAAUCGGGUUGUAAGAUGGUUUACAUCUGGAGAGACCCAAAGGACACAUUUGUCUCCAUGUGGAACUUCUUCCAAAAGGAAAGGUCAGACCAUGGACCUCUCAAUAGCCUUGAGGAGUCUUUUGAUAUGUUCUGUCAAGGCUUGUCUUUGUAUGGUCCGUAUCUAGACCAUGUCUUGUCGUACUGGAAAGCUUACCAAGAGAAUCCUGAUAAGAUUAUGUUCCUCAAGUACGAGACGAUCAGGGCUGAUUCUUUGCCUUAUGUGAAGAGAUUGGCUGAGUUUAUGGGUUAUGGAUUCACAGCUGAGGAAGAGGAGGAAGGCAUUGUUGAGAAAGUUGUGAAUCUUUGCAGCUUCGAGACGUUGAAGAAUCUUGAAGCCAACAAAGAGGACAUCAAAGCGAAGAAACACAGAGAAGACAUUCCUUCAAGCUUUUAUCCGAAUAGUGCGUAUUUUAGAAAGGGAAAGGUCGGAGAUUGGCAAAACUAUCUGACUCCGGAGAUGGCUGCUCGGAUCGAUGGAUUGAUGGAAGAGAAAUUCAAGGGGACUGGUUUUUUUGAACAUGGUGAAUGA